UGUAAAUGAAAUCCAUUCGCUCCUUCUCAGGAGUCCAGCUAGAAGGCCUCCUCCGGCUUCACGUCCUCCUAUGACGCAUAUGUCUCAGUUCCGACCGCAGUGGUCUGUGUAUGGCUGCCGGGACGUUACUGGUUGUUUGUCACGUUUCCUGUACGGCACUAUGCUGGUUGCUGCAGGGUGUACUUGUGCUCAGUGAAGGGCAGGAGUAAUGAUGAGAGCGGUGACAGAAUGUUAUUUAAAAUAUAAAAUUGUAAAACUUAAAAAAGAAGAAAUAUUAAUGUUUUCUUUAAAAAUAUGAGGACUUGGUGCUGUUGGUUAGCUUCAGAUGUAGUGAUGGAUGGACGCAGUCAGAGAGGAGGCUAUUCUCUCUCCGGGCCGUCACCAAACCAACGGAAGAGACAAGUUCGCUUUUCAGCAAGGCACGACAUCAUCCUUCUGCGAGAGGUCAUCGCCCAGAACCCAUUUGCCAACAAAGAGCCAGGGAGGGUCUGGGCUCGUGUGGGGGAAAUUAUCACAGCUGCCCUGCAGGAUGAGAACUUUGAGGUGGACGCCAGGAGGUGUCGGGAGAGAACCAUGCUGCUGCUGGACUACUACAAGAAACAAGACUUUUCCAGCCUGCGAAGGUUUGGAACAGAGAGGUUGUAUGCCCAGAAGGAGGAUCUGCUCCACGAGGUUUUAGAGCUGGAGGCUGAGAAGGGGCUGCUGGUCAGCAGUGAAGGCUCCAAAUAUCAGGAAGACGAGCUAAGGAAGAGAGCGAUGGAAGAAUUACUACCAGAACAAGACAAACCCAACAUCACUAUCACACACACAGCAGAACCAGAGGAGGAUCAUGAGGAAAUACCUGAGUUGUCGGCCGCACCAACAGCCAAACGGCCGUGCCAGUGCUGCUGCCAGACGUACUCAGAAAUCCUCAGCUUUCUGGAGAAGCGUUCAGAGGCAGAGCAACGAUUGCGGGAGGAGGAACUGGCCCUUCGCCGAGAGGAACUAGAAAUUCAGAGGAGUAAAAUCAGUUUGGAGAGGGAGCGUCUGGAAGCAGACAGAAAAGACAGGGAAUGUAGAUUUGAACUGGAAAGCCAAGAGAGGCAGGUCAUCUUGGACCUGUUGAAAGAGAAGGUGUUGAAAAAUUGAGAGACAAAACCUGCUGAUAUUUAGUGCAAUUAUUAUUAUUUUUCUAAAACAAAAACCACCCCAUUAAUUUACACAUCUGUACAGCUGACUGUUGAAAAUGGAAAAGAAACAAGGAAGUGAAAAACCUAAUGAAAUGUCAAAACACUAAUGGCUGACAGUAUUAUUGAGGGUCAAGAUAAUCACAGUAUUUUAUCAUGUACUUUUACUCAUGUAAAUAAAAAACCAUAAAAGCAGGAUCACAACAUAAUAUGUCAAUUUUUGUAUGUGGUUACACUAUAGUUUAGAAUGAAUAACUUCUGUUCACUUUGGAUUCCCAGAGAUGAACAAUACUGAGCAAUAAUCUUCUUCUCUGCAUUAUCUCACUGCACCACAAGGCGGCGCGGUGAGCUAUGGCUUACUGCCUGGUUAACCACGUGAAAGAAAAGGUAAAUGUUGAUAAGUAAUAAUGAGUAAUAAUAAUAAUAGAAAUCAUAAUUAUGUGUAGUAUGUUCACCUUUCCUGUGUAUAUUGUUUAAGUUGAUGUGUGCCCUGUGUUCUGAAAGCUUUGCUGGAUUUUUACGGAUUGUGGAUGGUAUUUAGAAUGACACCGUGGAAUCGUUAUAUUCGUAAAAUAUUGUAGCUCACUGUUAUGAUUCUCUGUGUUGUUGUUUUGUUGUAUUUUGACACACGUGACCAAGGACCUAACUAGUACAAGAUGAAUUAGUCACUUACUGUUUAUCAUAAUUGCACUGUCUACUAAACUUUACUGUUUCCAACUAAAUAAAGGAAUAAACAACUACAGAAAAAGGAA